AUGGCGGAUGUUCAAGUCAUCUCUAAGACAAUUGUUCAACCCGAGAGCUACGAACAUGGAUCAGACCCGGUGAAGAUCCAUCUCACUCCAUGGGAUCUCUUGUAUCUUCAAUCCAAUUACGCACAAAGAGGACUCAUCUUUCCACAACCCGACCCGGAAACCAAUAUAAUCUCUCAGCUCAAAUCCUCUCUUUCCCUCGCUUUAAACAUUUUCUACCCAUACGCGGGUCGCCUAGUCAAGGUGGAGAACAAAGACGACGAAACGACGUCGUUUUACAUCGAUUGCGACGGUUCAGGUGUCACGUUCAUACAUGCCUCUGCUCUAACUAUCUCCGUUAGUGAUGUUUUAAAACCUGCUGAUGGUCUUGUCCCCAGUUUCAUAAAUGGGUUUUUGCCGGUGAACGGAGUUAAAAACCUUGAGAUCACAGAACCGUUGCUUGCUGUCCAAGUAACUGAGUUGAAAGAUGGAGUUUUCAUAGGAUAUGGUUCCAACCAUAUGGUUGGAGACGGAGCUUCCCUUUGGAGUUUCUUCAAAACUUGGUCGGAGAUUUGCCGUACCGGGUCUGACCGGAAAAUGUUACCUCCUUUGCGUCUCAGUGGCUGGUUUCUCGACGGAAUUGAUUACCCUAUUCGAAUCCCAAUCUCAGAGACAGUACCAUCACCUGUUUCUUCGUCGUUACUUGGCUUACAAGAUAGGGUUUUUCGACUUACGAGUAAAGAAGUCUCUGAGCUUAAAGCGAAAGCCAACGACGAGGUUGAUUCCGACGACCGGAAAAUCUCCUCUCUCCAAGCGGUUUUGGCGCAUUUAUGGCGGUCAAUAAUCAGAAACAGUGACCUAAAUCCGGAAGAAGUAGUGCACUGCAAGUUACUUGUUGAUAUGAGAAGAAGGUUAAACCCUCAGCUUGAGAAAGAGUGUUUUGGGAAUGUGGUUGGGCCCGCCACGACGACGAUAACCGUUGGGGAAAUGCUUAACAAUGGGCUCGGUUGGGUUGCUUUGCAGAUAAACAAAAGUGUAGGGUUACAAACGGAUGAAGAAUUCAGAGUGUUCGCUGAGAAGUGGGUGAAGGAACCGAAAGUGAUAUUGGGUAAGAGUAAUUCUAUAAAUGUUUCGAGCUCUCCUUGGUUUAAUGUGUAUGGUAAUGAUUUCGGUUGGGGUAAACCGGUUGCAAUUCGAGGUGGACCGGAGAGUGCUAACGAUGGUAAACUCAUUAUUUACUCGGGAAUUGAAGGUAACAUCGAGAUUCAAGCGAGUUUAAUGUCUCAUGUUUUGAGUAAAAUAUCGAAUGAUGCAGAGUUUUUAAAGUAUGUAUAUGCUGGAAACAGAAUUUAA